AUGUCGGCGCAGGCGAACUACUACGCCAUGCGGUCUGUCUUUGAGCUGCAGCUAGACGCGCAGCUGCUAGAGGGGUUGGCCACAAUAGGACACUUCGACGGCAAAACACCGUCUCUUGUAUGUGCCACAAAUACACAGCGGCUCGUGAUCCACACGAGCGAGAAUCCAGGUGCAGAAGCAGUACUGCGGAGUGGGGAUGAGACACGCAGUGCAGAAAAUCCUGUGCGGACGCUGAACUUUGGUAGGACGCCAACAGCGCUGGCGGUAGGCCGACUGCCGGACACCAGUGAUAGGAAAGACACUGACGCCCUAUACUUCGGCGCGGCCACCUCACUGCUCGCGUAUGACGUGGAUAGGAACCGCGAGUAUUUUUACAGGGAAGUGGAGGACGGAGUGCAGGCAGUGGCGUGUGGUGUCGUGAAUACCGCCAGAGGCCCAAACGGCACUGGCGGCGUCCCCACCCCGCUGACAAUUGUAGGUGGUAACUGCACGAUCAAUGGAUUCGACGCGAGUGGGAUGGAAUCGCUCUGGACGGUGACAGGCGAUCAGGUAACGGCACUGAUGCUAAUGCCCUGGGACUCUAGUGAAGCUCCGACCGUCUCUGCUGCUGGUAGUGGCAGUGGUAGCAGUGGCGAUGCGGGCCGCCCUUUGUCGUUAGUGGCGGCCUCGGAAGAUUUUGAGUUGCGCGUGUUUGACGGUGAAGACACUAUUGCAAGUAUCAUGGAGGCGGACAAGGUGAACCAGCUCGUGUACAGUGGUAUCCCCGGUCGGUUUGCGUACCUUUCCGUCAACGGUACUGUAGGCGUGUACGAUCGCACUGAGCGGGUGUGGCGCGCGAAGGGUAAGCACCGCCCUGUCGCCGCUGCCUUCUGCGAUGUGGACUUCGACGGCGUGCCGGAGCUCGUGGUGGGGUGGAGCAACGGACGUGUGGAGGUCCGUGGCGACGAUGCGGAGAAGCGGGGUGUACUGUUCAAGGAGAGACACGCCGCGCCCGUCAGCGCCGUACUCGCGCACGAUUACCGGCAGAAUGGGCAGCCACUGCCGAUUGUCUGCACAGUUGACGGUGUGGUGCGUGGGCUCGAGCUGGCAGGCGAGCAGCAGCAGGAGGAAGCGGUGCACGGCCGUGAGACGUUUAAGCUCGACAUGCUGCAGCGCGAGAGGCAGGCACUCGCCGCGGAGCUUGCCAGUGUAGAAGAGCAGCUGGACCGGCAGCGCAAGGGUUCCUCUGAUGUGACAUUGCCGCAGGCGGGAACCGUUGUGCGCCACAAGUUGCUGCCGAACGCAAAGUCGGGGAAGCUCGAUGUCGUCUUUAGCGUGCACCACGGCUACCAAGACACAAUCAUUCAAGGCUGCGUCCUGCACAGCGAGGCGGUGUUCCCCGGCCGGGAGUACGCCUUCUUUGCCGCGGAGGAGCCAUCAGGGACGCUUGUGUGCGCUAUCGAUGUGCCGCGCGGUGCGGAGGCGCGCAUCGCCGCGGCGGUAAUGAUCGGUGCCACUAACGCGGAGAACUACCAACUACACGAGCUUACCUUCGCUGUGCCCAAGUUCGUGACGUACCAGCUGUGGAACCCCGAGGCGACGGAGCCG